UUAAGGCUCAAACAGAUCACCGACGACGUCAAGCUAGCGCGUCCACACGAGCUUCCACUGGUUUACCUACCUGCAAUAGCUUAGCUGCCAUGGCGACAUUGCCACAGAUGGCCGCCACCAAGGAGCAGCAAGAGGCAGCUAACCCGGCCAGGGUGCUGGUCGAGUCCGUCACGAACUGGAUCCGCGUCUACUCCGACGACUCCGUCGACCGGCUGUGCCCGCCGGAGGCUGCCCCUUUCAUGGAAAUCGUCCGGCCGUAUGAGGAGCCACGUGACGGGGUCACCGUCCACGACGUCGCCACGGACCGUGGCGUCGACGUCCGCCUCUACCUCACGGCGCCGGAGGAGGAGGAGCCUACGACGAUGGCCCGGCGCCGUCGCCGCCCGGUUCUACUUCAUUUCCACGGCGGCGCCUUCUGCGUCUCCCACGCAGCGUGGUCGCUUUACCAUCACUUCUACGCCCGCCUCACCGUGGAGCUCGACGUCGCGGGCAUCGUCUCCGUCGUCCUCCCGCUCGCGCCGGAGCACCGCCUCCCCGCCGCCAUUGACGCCGGCCACGCCGCCCUGCUCUGGCUGCGUGACGUCGCGUCCGGCGGUAGCUCCAAUGUUGCGCUCGACCCUGCGGUGGAACGUCUCCGCAGCGCCGCCGACUUCUCCCGCGUGUUCCUCAUCGGCGACAGCGCGGGCGGCGUCCUCGUGCACAACGUGGCGGCACGCGCCGGCGAGGCUGGGGCGGAGCCCCUCGACCCGAUACGCCUCGCCGGCGGGGUCCUCCUCCACCCCGGGUUCAUCGGGCCGGAGAAGAGCCGGUCGGAGCUGGAGAACCCGCCUACCCCGCUCAUGACGCAGGAGACGGUGGACAAGUUCGUGAUGCUGGCGCUGCCGGUAGGAACCACCGGCAGGGACCACCCGUACACGUCUCCGGCGGCGGCAGCAAGGGCGGCGGAGGGCGCGCGGCUGCCACCGAUGCUGCUGAUGGUCGCGGAGGAGGACAUGCUGCGUGAUCCGCAGGUGGAGUACGGAGAGGCCAUGGCGCGCGCGGGGAAGGCGGUGGAGACGGUGCUCAGCCGCGGCCGCGGGAUCGGCCACGUAUUCUACCUCAACUGGUUCGCGGUGGAGUCCGACCCCGUCGCGGCGGCGCGGGCACGGGAGCUCGUCGAUGCCGUCAAGAGCUUCGUCGAUAGCCACUGAUUUGCUGCUGUGUUUUUUUUACUCGGUUCCAAGUCUUUAUCGGUGUCGAUCUGCUUGUACGUCUGAGUUUGUGUCGAAGUCCAGUACCACCAUCGCAAUGUCGCUGCGUUGAGGCCCCGUUUAGUUCCAAAAAAUUUUCUCCCAAAAUACAUCGAAUCUU